CGUGCGGAUAUGAGUCGUGCCCGAAACCGAUGAAAAAUAUGCUUAAUGUGCAUUUGGUGCCCCACACACACGAUGACGUUGGCUGGCUGAAGACGGUCGACCAGUACUACUAUGGCAGUAAAACAACCGUCCAGAAGGCGGGCGUACAGUACAUCCUCGAUUCGGUCGUACAAUCGUUGUUAAGCGAUCCGGAGCGUAAGUUCAUCUACGUCGAGUCGGCAUUCUUCUUCAAGUGGUUCGACGAGCAGACGGCGGAGCUGCAGCAACAGGUUCGGAUGCUGGUCGAUGAGGGACGGCUGGAGUUUAUCGGCGGUGCUUGGAGCAUGAAUGAUGAGGCGGCGGCACACUACCAUAGUGUCGUAGAUCAGUUCACCUGGGGGUUGAGGAAGCUGAACGAUACGUUUGGACAGUGCGGACGUCCACGCAUCGGUUGGCAGAUUGAUCCGUUCGGACACUCGCGUGAGCAGGCGUCUCUGUUCGCGCAGAUGGGAUACGAUGGGCUGUUCUUCGGACGACUCGAUUAUCAGGACAAGCGGGAACGAAUGACGCACAAGCGGGCCGAAAUGAUCUGGAAGACGAGCGAUAAUCUCGACGAUGCUGAUCUGUUUACAGGGGCUCUGUACAAUUUGUAUCAGGCACCGCCGGGCUUCUGUUUUGACAUACUUUGCUCAGAUGAACCAUUCAUGGACGGUCCUUAUUCUGCGGAGAAUAAUGUCAAAGCAAAGGUGGAUAAGUUCCUGUACUACGUAAAUCUUCAGGCGGAAAGCUACCGAACGAACAACAUCAUGCUGACUAUGGGAGGUGAUUUUACUUACAUGGAUGCCAACGUUUACUUCAAAAAUAUGGACAAAUUGAUCAAGUACACCAACGCACGCCAAGCGAACGGAACGAAUGUGAACGUAUUCUACUCGACACCUUCUUGCUAUCUUAAAGCACUGCACGAUCUGGGAAUCACCUGGCCGACGAAAUCAGACGAUUUCUUCCCGUACGCUUCCGAUCCUCACUCGUACUGGACCGGGUACUACACAUCAAGACCGACGAGCAAACGUUUCGAGCGUGUCGGUAAUCAUUUCCUGCAAGUGUGCAAACAGCUGACUACCUUGGCCCCGACUCGGGAAGCGCAUAUGGAACCGCACCUGAACAUACUACGGGAGGCAAUGGGUGUAAUGCAACAUCACGAUGCCAUUACCGGUACGGAGAAGCAACACGUCGCCAAUGAUUAUGCCCGCAUGUUAAAUGUUGCGGUCAAGGCGUGUAGUGCGAAUACGAAGUCCGUACUAAACCAGAUUGUCGAUCCAAAGUACAAACGAUCGCUACGCUCUGCUGGUUUACCUUUCGAGCAUACCACUCCGCUGCCUGACUACACUUUUGCAUUCCAAUCAUGCCAUCUGCUGAACGUGAGCAAGUGUGAGCUUACCGAAUCGAAGGAUAGCUUCACCAUAACGCUUUACAACCCACUGGCACACGCUGGUCACCAGUAUGUACGAGUACCGGUUGCUGGUGGUAGAUACAUCGUACGCGACUAUCGUAACGUGGAAGUGUCAUCACAACUAGUGCCCAUUCCAGAAUCGGUACUGAAUCUUAGCUAUCGCUUUAGUAACGCUACCUCGGAGCUAGUGUUUCUGGCCAACGAGCUACGACCACUCGGAUAUAAAUCAUACUUUGUAACACGCGCCAUUGACUCUUUGGAUGAUUUCCUUCACGAAUCGCCUGCUGCCGUGCCAUCCGCUCCAUCGGAGGAAGUAACGAUCGGAAAUAAAUAUUUGAACGUUUCGUUCGAUAGUAACGGCUUCAUGAGCUCCAUAACGAUCGAUGGUGUUACGAACAGGCUAAGGCAAACGUUCGUGUACUAUGCAGGAGCACUCGGAAACAAUGAAGAGUUCCGCAAUCGAUCAUCUGGUGCGUACAUCUUCCGUCCGAACGGUACGGAGAAAACCGUCACGGAUAAUGUGCAGCUCAAGGUGGUGAAAGGACCAACGGUCCAAGAAGUUCAUCAGGUCUUUAACGAGUGGAUCAGUCAGGUGGUGCGAAUUUACGCCGACGAAAGCCACGUCGAGUUUGAAUGGAUGGUGGGUCCAAUACCGGUAGACGAUGGUGUAGGCAAGGAGAUCGUGUCACGUUUCUACACCGCCGCUCAGUCAGGUGGCGUCUUCUGGACCGAUGCGAAUGGUCGCGAAAUGAUCAAGCGAGUGCGCAACCAUCGCGAUACUUGGGACCUGGAUCUGAUGGAAAAGAUCUCGGGUAACUAUUAUCCGGUAACGGCGAAAAUAGCACUGGAGGAUGAAAACCUUCGUCUGGCGGUGUUGAAUGAUCGUGCCCAAGGUGGUUCGAGUUUGGAAGAUGGAUCACUAGAGCUGAUGGUGCAUCGCCGACUGCUGCACGACGAUGCGUUCGGUGUUGAGGAAGCGUUGAAUGAGCAAGCAUUCGGCAAGGGAUUGGUUGCCCGUGGUAAGCAUUGGGUAAUUUUCGGGGCGAAAAAACCCGUCAGCCCCACACCGGAGGCACGCGAACGAUUCCUGCAGAACCGGAUGCUGCUACCUAACUGGAUCUUUUUCAGCGAUGUCAGCGAGUUUAAGUACGAGGACUGGCAGAAGCAGUACAUCAACACCUACUCUGCGCUUACGUUGUCACUCCCGUUGAAUGUUCAUCUGCUCACGUUUGAGCCAUGGAAGGAGAAUAGCAUUCUGGUGCGUUUCGAACAUCUGCUUGAGAAAGGCGAAGAUCCACUGUAUUCCAAACCGGUACGGUUCAACGUGCAGGACGUGUUCCGAAAGUUCAGCAUUGAGGAAAUCCUCGAGACAACGCUGGGGGCCAACCAGCUGAAGGAAGAUUCUAGAAGACUGAAGUUUAAACCCGAUCCAGACUAUAUCGUGUACAAUGCCGUCAAGCGGGAUGUGAGUGCGGCCCAACCUUCCCCAUCACCACCGAACGUGCAAUCUACUCAGUCGCCAACGAUUAAAGAGACUCUGCGGAACGUUGGCGAUGAUGGGUUUGAAAUUCUGCUCAAACCGAUGCAGAUCAGAACGUUCAUUUUUCAGCUAGAGUACAAGCCAUAACUAGGAAAUAGAAAGUUUAUUUUCUUUUAAGUCAAAUUAGUCAAAUAAAG